AUGACAAGUGAUAGCACUGCAGAUGAAAAUGUAACAAACUUGGAGAACUUGACCAUACUGGCGCAAGAGCACCACCCUUCACUAGCACCCUCACUGCCAAACCCUGCUUCAACAAAUACAACAUCAGUAACCUCCUACCAACAACAACAACAACAACAACAACCUAAAUCUAAAAAGCAGAGGAAACCACAAACUCAAGAAGAAUACAAUCACCAGCUUCAACUCUGGCAAAAAACAGGACCACAAAUUAACACCGAGACAUGGCUAUAUGAAAACAUGGACAAUUUAAACGUGGACAAUAAAGCAGAUAGAACUAAAGCCCUACAUGCAUGCGAAAAGGCAUACUACGAAAGAGACUGGACCAAAUGUUUGCAAAUGUGUAAAGUUGCCGAAUUACUAUUUGGUGUAGAUUUCGGAGAGUUGGAGGCAGAGGAAGAAGCACUAUUACAACAAUUUAAAGAUGUGAAAAAAAAGAGCAGAAUCUGUUCAAAGUUGGAAAAACAAGUUUACGAAUUAUGGAAUAUUAAACUGCGAUGUAUCAUGAGAGCUAAACAAAGAGAUAAAGAUAAAGAGGAAGCAUAA